AUGAAAAAGAACAAUAUAGACGGUUUUAUUUUAAAAAAAAAUCAGUAUAACCAUGAAAACAAUGUUUUGAAUAAAUGCUCAAGCUAUAUCAACAUAAAUAACAUUAAAGAUUUAUAUAACAUCCAAAGUGAUAAUGUGUACGAGCAAAUUUUUGAUAAUAUAUGUAAAGAAAAAAUUGCACACAGAAAGAGAAAAAAGGAAAAGUCAUGUCGAAAGAAUAAAUUAUCCUUUUCCCGUAAUAGCAACAGUAAAAUAAAUGAAACACACCGAAGAAGGCAAACGAACAUAACAACAGAUCACCAAUUUCACGCGUAUUAUCAUCAAUCCACACCAUCUGCACCUGUACAGCAUUCCCCUUCGUACCAUUUAGGCUUUACAAAAUACCAAAGUAACAAAGAAACAAGAUAUUUAGGAGAAUUAAAUAAAAGGAAAAAAAUAAAAAUAGAUGAAGUUCCCAAUACUGCAAACGAUGCUAAUUGUGUUACUUCGAACUAUGUUAGUGGUGGUGCCUUCUUCUAUGACAAUUCCUUCGAUAAAACACCAAAGAAAUCGUUUACAGAUAAUGAUGCAUAUGAUCAAGAAAAAGUAUUCACAAGAAUAGAUGAUCCAAGUUGUUCCAUUAAAAAAAAUAAAAAUACAUUGCUUAGCAGUAACAGUUCUUUAAAUAAAUACGAUUAUAUUAAAUUUGUGUGUUCCCCUAUUAAAAAAACGUGUAAUUAUAAAAGUGCAAAAAACGAAACAGAAAUGUGCAAUCCUUCAUUAAAGGUUGUAAACAAUCAAAUAGAAGAAAAAAGAUCUUAUGACAAGAAACAUUUACAGCAUCAUAAUGACCGUUAUCAUAGUAUCACUAAUUAUAGCCAUACAAAUAGUGUGCACUAUUGGGGGGAUUUUAAUAAAAGUAGUAAAAAUAAAAGCAUUCAUGUAUGGCCUUUUAAAAAGGGGAGCUCGCAAAUAUAUUAUGAUAAAAUUAAAGAGAUUGACCUCAGCACAGGUAAAAAUAGUGCAGCAUGUAAUGAUGCUACCUCAGGUAAGACCCCUAAUACUAACAGUAAUGUAUCUUCUAACGAAUCCAAUCAUUCGUCUAAGCAUGCUCAUAACAUCAGCUUGAUUGAUUUGGACAACUCUGAUUCCAUUAACAGACUGAGCAAGAACUUUUUUAUCAACAACAAAAAAUUUUUUUUAAACGAUUUCAACAAUGAUAAAAUAAGGACCAGCACACAGAAGGAUCAUCAAAACGAUGACCUCCCUAAUAGCACAUCUCAUAAAAACACAGUAAAGGAAAAAAAUGAUAUUUCUAAUUCUAGAGGUACGGUAGACUUAUAUGACAAAGAGGAUAAAGUACACUUUGAUGGAAUGAGUACAAAUGAGAAUUGUACAGUUACUAGUUGUAGAAAUACGAAUGAUUUAAAUUGUAAGGAAACAUAUUUCUCUGGCAGUAAUAAAUUUUAUGAUGUUGAUGAACGACAUUUAGUUGGUGAGGAAGAUUGUGAUGUGAGGUGUUACAAUGGGGAACAUUAUGAUAGUAGGAAACAUUAUGAUAGUAGGAAACAUUAUGAUGAGGAACACUGUACGGUGCAGCACUUUGAUAAGCAGUACUAUAACGAGCAGAAUUAUGAGGAGGACCACUAUGCUGAUAAGAAUUAUUCAAGAGAUAUAAACAUGUAUGUAAAAAAAAAUUGUAAAAUAUCAAAAUGUUUAUACAGCUACUUAGACGUUGCUUACAAUUGUAGUAAAGAAGAAAUAAAAAAAUCGUAUAAAGAUAAAAUUAAGGUUUAUCACCCAGAUAAGGGAGGGAGCAUGCAAGAAUUUUUAGAACUCAAGCUGUCUUACGAUAUACUAAAUGAUGAUAAAAAACGGAAAAUGUAUGAUAAGUAUGGACAUAGCAUAAUAGAAUUAUUAUUAAGCGAAAAAUUUCAUGAUUAUAAUAUAUCUUCAGAUGAAAAAAAUGAAGAAGAGGUACUAGAUGAAGAAAGCAUAAAAAUAUAUGAUUUGUUUGUGCAAAAAUAUAAUAAUGUUUCUUAUUUACAUAAUUUAUAUGACUUAAAAAUUAAUAGCAAUCAGUAUAAUCAAUUUCAGAAGUUAAUUUAUCACUUUUUUCAUGAGGAAAAUUAUAUGUUUAAAAAUAUUUUUUACAUUUACCCUAUCUACUCUCCUCAUAUGCCUCCUUUUAGUAAAAUAAAAAAAAAAAAAAAAAUGAUAAAAAAAAAUCCGUACAGUUCUACAAUCUAUUUUGAUGAUGAAGAUAGUAACCUCAAAUCUGUUGAUAAAUUAUCUGAAAACUCUUCAUCAUCAAAUUAUAAUAUAACAAAUGAAAUUACAAUUUUCGAUACUAUUAAAAAAAAAAACGUUACUAAUCUAUUUAAUGAACUAAAUUCUCAGUUUGAACACUUUUACAAAAAUUAUAUAAUACCCAAAACGGAGUUAUCAGAAACUUAUACUAAUAGAUUCAAUCAAUCUUAUGGAGAAAAAUGGGAAAACCAGAACAGUGCAGUAGUUGAUGGAAAUAAUAACAUUUCUUUCUUAACAAAGCCAACAUGUAGUGCUGCUUCAUUCUGUAAGGGAACCUCUUUAACCCCUCAUAUUGUGCACACCGCUGGGGAAAGUAACACAAACAGAAACGUACAUAGAAACGGACACUGUAACAAUAACCAUAACAGUAGCAGCAAUAGUUACAAUAGCAAUAAUCAUGAUAAAAACAACUUCCCUGAUUUUUUCCGAGAAAUCGAAGUAUCACCGAUGGCAUAUAAAAUUAUUAACGAAAACAAUGAAAAACAUAUUGAUGAAUUUUACAAAUGGUUUGAUUUAUUUUUUGAACACCCUGUGAAUGUGGAUGAUCGAACUGAAGAACACCAGAAACUGGAUCAUAUAUAUUCCGAGCCAUACUAUAUGCACAGUUACCCACGAAACAAAAGUACUAUGCACAGUUCGAACGAAACACGAAGAAAUUCGAAAAAUCGUAAUACAAAAAGUUUAAAUAAUAAAAAAUGCUCAAACGAUGAACAAAACGAAUUAAACAAGCAAACUAGGCAUAUGACACCUAUUGAAAUUGAGCAUAACUUAUUAAAAGUUGAAAAUACAUUUACAAAAAAAACAGAAAUAUCUGCUAAAAAUAAUUCAGAACAGUUAAGAACAAUUCAGUGGUGCGGUAAAGAUUUUACUCAAUAUGACCAAAAAAGAUGUUUCAGUAAUUGUUUCAUAAACAUAAAUGUAAAAGGUCAGGUACAAAAUUUCUGCAGUAAUGAAAAGACAAUAUUUCUCGAUCGUGUUAAUGCUGCAUUAGAUUCUUAUUCAAAUCAGGAUGGGGCAAAAAAAGGAUCAAAAGUACAAGAAGUAUACGGUAAUCCUCAUCAAUGGAUUGAUGAGAACACAACCACAGAACGUUACAGUCAUUUAAAAAAUUGUGAUAACAAAAUUAUGGAAUUUAACAAUAAUUCUAUUCAAAAAAUAAAUAAUGGGUGUAAAAAAAAAGGUAACAAUAAAAAGUGGUAUUAUAAUGACAAUGUAAAUUGUAAUCGUAACAGUAAUGACGAUAAUGAUGAUGAUGAUGCCAUUUUAAAUGUUGAAGAGAAGUACGGCUUUAAUUUGCUCAAAAAAAGUAAACAUAAAAUUAAAGAUAUGACACACGAUUUCAAUUAUGUUUACAUAGGGAAUAGUGUAAAUAAAAAAAAAAAAUUUCUCUUAUUCAUAAAAGAAGAAAGUAUAAAAAAAUUCUUAAAAAUAAAAUUACUCAUUCAUAAAAUUAAAAAAAAGUCAAAUUUAAAACAUAUCUCAUUAUUUGAAAAUGAAAUCGACAAAAAUAUUAAAAAUAUUGAAUAUAUAUUACUGUUAAUAACAUACAAAGAUGAACUUAUACCUUUAAAUGAUUUUUAUUUGUUAGACAAAAACAUAUAUUCUAAUGAUCAUUAUUGUAUACCUUUACAUAUAAAAAAAAAAAAUAAAAUUGCAAGACCAACAUAUUUCCAUUUUAAAUGGAUCAUAUAUACAAUACAGUCAUUCAUCCUUUUUAAUCUUUAUUUUAAAAAAGUAAAUAAAUAUAUGUGUUCCUUUCCAUUUUUUAAUUAUAAAUAUAAUUAUUUCAAAAGAUACAUUAAAUCCAAAGAACAAACAAAUGAAGAUAACGUAAAGAAUAAAUACAUUUUUUUUCAGCAAUAUAUCAUCAAAAAUAAAUAUAAAUAUUUGGGGUACUUUCCUCAUAAUAUAAUACUACACUUAAAAAACAUAGCAUCGGUAAAUAAUGAUCAUCAGAAGCCUCUACAAAUAAACUUGUCUUCCAUUUUUGUUUUAACACCGAAUAAGUCAUUUUCUCAUGUUGAUUUUUAG